UACAAGUUUACAACUUAUGUAUGCAUAAGGUUGGACAAAAGAGUAUACCUGUUCACUUGUUUCCCGCCCUCACCGUUAACCAACGUACGGCUACAAUGGAGAAAUUCAGAAGAGUCUCUCCAUUUCGACUAGCAGCUCUAAUUCGAGCACAAAAAGAUCCAAAACUUGCCUUCCAGUUCUUCCUUAAUCCCAACUCCAAUGUAAAUCCUUCUUCUAAAUCUAAUCAAAGACCCUACUCAUACUCUCUCCUAUCUUACGACCUUAUUAUCACCAAGCUUGGCAAAGCUAAAAUGUUUGAUGAAUUGGAAUUGAUCUUAUCCAAACUCAAGCAGGAAACUCGUUUUAAGCCUACAGAAAUUAUUUUCUGCAAUAUAAUAACUUAUUAUUCUCGAGCUCAUUUACCCGAAAGAGCAAUUCACAUGUUUGAUGAAAUCCCAUCUUUUCAUUGUCAAAGAACAGUUAAAUCCGUUAAUACUUUGUUAAAUGGGCUUUUAAUUUGCCGGGAAUUUGAUAAAAUGUGGAAGAUUUUAUUGGGUUUUGAUUGGUUUGCUUGCCCGGAUGUUUGUACUUACAAUAUAAUGAUUAAUGCUUGUAGGAUGCAAAAUGAUAUGCAGGGUGCAUGGAAGGUGUUCGAUGAAAUGCGUAAAAAAGGGAUUCUUCCUAAUGCCAUCACGUUUUCGACGUUAAUUACAGGGCUUUGUGCUUGUUUGAAGGUGAAGGAUGCACUUGAGUUGAAGAAAGAUAUGAUCAGGGUUUAUAACAUUAAACCUACUAAGUAUGUUUACGCCUCGCUGAUCAAGGGCCUUUGUGAGUGUAAUGAGUUAAAUUUGUCUUUUAAACUCAAAGAUGAGAUGUUUGAAAACGAUGUUGAGGUCGAUUCGAGUAUUUAUACUACUUUGAUUAGUGGGAUUUUUAAGGUUGGGCGAACGGAUGAGGUUAAUGUUGUAUUAGAGGAGAUGAAGAGAAAUGGGUGUAUCCCUGACACGGCAACUUAUAAUGCUCUUAUAGCUGGAUAUUGUGCGGCGAAGCGCCUUGAUUUAGCUUUGGAGUUCCUCAAUGAACUUGAGGAGAAGGCAUUCAAACCUGAUGUUAUUAGUUAUAAUGUGUUGAUUAGAGCAUAUUUUAAUGAGGGAAAGUUAAGAGAAGCCAUGGACUUAUUUGAAGAUAUGCCUAGGAGAGGUUGCAAACCCGAUGUUUUGUCUUAUCGGAUAGCUAUGCAGGGUCUUCUUUCUGAGAUGAAAUUGAAGGAAGUGGUGUUUCUUUUGGAUGAAAUGAUGUUCAAGGGCUAUGCCCCUCAUCUUUUAACAGUAAACAAACUAAUGAGCCUACUUCAUGAAGAAGGGGAUUAUGAGUUAAUGUUAGAAGUGGUAAAUAGCCUUGCCAAAGGAAAUUAUAUUGAUGAUAAUUGUUGGAGAUUGGCGGUUUCAACCAUUUUCGCAAAACAUGAGGCCGUAAAUUUUCAUUCUGUUUUUGAUGCACUCACUAAUUCCAUUAGUGAAGCUCAUUAACCCUCAUUGUGUGAUGUUUGGUUGUUUGACUACUAUUGUUAUUAAUGUUAAACUUUGAAUAUUUAACAUAUUGUUACACAGCACUUAGAAUUAUAAUGAGCAAGGAACUGGAUAUGGCAAUUCCAUGAUUUAGAAGAGCUAUCUCUUCUGAUAGUGAAUUCUUUGAUGAGCCAGUGUUUACAUCAAAUUGAAUUAAACAUUCAAGGGUGUCUUUCUUACUUUUUUCAUUGCAAGUUGCAAACUUGUAAACGCAAAAGUAGACCGAAGUUUUAUUGGCUAAAAAAGUUUAGGCAUAUGGUUCUCAUGGAAUAAAUGACGCAUUAUGAAAAAUGCACUAUCGCCCUAUCUUAUUUAUGACUUAUGAGGGUCCAGGGAUGAACUGGCUUGAUGAAGUUCAAACCAUUGAGAUGCAUGAGAGACUGCAACAUCCCAGUUUUGCAGAAAAACCAUAGCUGAUCAAAGGAUUGAUUAAACUUAGCUGCUUGAUGUUAGGUGAUGUGGGUGUGUUCUGGGAAAAUACAAUCGCUUGCAAGUUUAUCCGUAGUCUGUAUGUUGCUGGUAUGAUGUUAUGAGUGCGAUUGGGCUCUGUUUAAGAGAGGAAGAACUUUCAACUCAAUCAAUGGAGAUGAAUUCUAGGACUGCCUUUAAAGUUAGGAAUAAAGAAAGCUUCCAAGUUUUAAGACACUCAAUUGGGAUAAAUCAUUUAGAUUUCUCAAAUUUUGCAUCAUAUGAUGGUUCUAUUUGAACAUGUGCACUUGGUGCUAUGGACAUCUCCUGAGGUAUACUGGUGAAAUUGGAGCUGUUACCAGCCAUGAACUGUCUCAUAUAGUAAUUUACCGCAAUUCUUCAGUAUCAGGAAGUUCAUCUACCGACUACAGCAGACAUUAUGAGUUAAUGACAGAUGCUCGUAAGUGUUGUUUCUCAAAAAUUAAAGUGAUCAAACUCGUGCCACUUCUAUGGAUUCUAUUGUUGGCAGCUCACUGAAAGUGGAUCAGGCAGUCAUUUUUGCACUAGAUUGCAUCGACAGACGACAAUCUGUUACUCAUCAGAAAGGUGUAUUUUUGAGUUUCUGCUACUCGUGGUGAAUCCUAACGAUGUGUUGUUGUGUUACGAUUUACCUAGUUGCUGCUAAACCGAGACCAGAGAAACCAGGAAUGUGGAACAUACCAUUGUUUACCGUUCUAGGAAGUUCGUUCCAGUAUGUGGGUACGAAACGUGUAGCUAAGGGGGUGAACACUGUUUCAGAAGAACAGAGGCAGAAAUGUAGAUUCAGUUAAAGGGGUAUCAACCAUGAUUAUGAAACUGAAUGUUUGAUAAUUACUAAUUGUAAGUAAUGCUAAAAUGUAAGAUUCUAACAUGAUCCUUUGAUAUGUUUCUGUUAUAGAACUAUCUUGACAGUCCUUACUCCUUACGUGUGCCUUGCUGUAAUUAGUAAGUUAGCUUGUCAAAAAAUUAAAUAACCCACAUUUGUCCCUCCAUUUGAUGGGAACCAAAAAUUAAUAGUUUAUUAGUUUCGAAUUAUAAUGGGUAAUGGUAUAUCAAAUCAUAUUUUUUUUUUAUUUAUGUGAAGUUGUA